AUGGCCUAUUCGCUAUCGCCUGGGACCUCCGAUCGCAUUAUCCUGCUUUCAAACUCCCUGGCAGAGGACUUGACCUCCUGGGACCGCGUUGUACUUGUGCUACAAGACCGCGGCUUCCGAGUCCUCCGCUACGACCAACCAGGCCAUGGACGUUCCAGCGCACCAUCCGUGACCGAGCGGUCGUCAAUGACGUUCGAGAUCAUGGCAGAUGAGGUGCACCUCCUCUUGAAACACCUCGGCAUCAGCAGACUGUAUGCCUGGGUAGGAGUAUCUAUGGGAGGUAUCAAGGGCGUGUACUUUGUAUCGCGCCACCCGGGCAUAGUGAACAAACUUAUCGUAUCGGACGCGAUCGCAAUGUCGCCAACCGUGGCAGGGAUCACAGACAACUUUGCAGCGAGGGCGCGUACAGCCAGAGAAGCAGGAUCAGUCGCAGAGGACCUUGCCAUCACUCGAAAACGGUGGUUUGGCGAAGAAUGGAUGGCAGAGAACCCGGCAGAAACGGCGAGAAUGGAAAUUUCGAUGGCGACUACGACGAUUGCAGGUCUCGAGGCUUGUUGCACAGCACUUGGGCAGCCCUCCUUUGAUCUUAGGCCUCUCUAUCCUGGCGUCGGAAAGGGCUGUGAUGAGGCGCUCAUUGUUGCUGGUGAGAAAGAUGCGGACUUGCCGAUCAAAAUGCAGGACACGCGCAAUGCCAUGGAAGACAGCUUUCGCAGUCAUGGAAAGAAGGCCCCUGUGCAGAUGAAGAUUGUAAAGUCUGCUGGACAUGUUCCCUAUAUCGAUGGGUUUAAGGACUUUUGUGAAAUAGUCACUGGCUUUUUGGGUAGAUAG